AUGCUUUCUAUUGUUUGAGGUUUUCUUGAUUGUUUGUGGUUUUCUUGUUGCAUGAUUGUUUCUGUAGUCAUACGCUUCCCUAUAAAAUUUUCAAGGUAUUGGGGACAAAAUAUUCCAUGGGGCAAAUUUACAAGAAUACUCCAAAAUAUGUACAACUCCCUCUGGAAAUUUUUACUUGAGUGGGGUCAGUGAAUCCCCCUUGCCUCCAUUUGGGUCAGCCCCUGCAUGGAACUAUACGUUGCGAAUGGAUUUGGAUGAAGAAUGAGAAGCAUAUUUUUUUGUGGCUGGAGAGUUCUUUUUCGACGACUUUGUCAUGUUGUGUUUCAUUUAAGGAUGGAGAGGAGGUAACUAUGUUACAAUUCACUGGGUUAUUGAAGUUAGUGGUCUACAACGUGAAACAAAAAACACUUUAAGACGAUUGAGGUCCCUCACGAUUGCAAGGAGUUUGACAUUACUUUAUAUGUGGAGAGUCUUGUUUCACCUCAUGGCGCGCUGCAAUGAUACGAGAAGGUACAGCUAAUCAGAUGGAAAUGGGAGAAAAAGUGUCUAUGGAAGAGCCUCGUUACUACAACGGAAGAGCCUUAAUACAACGUCAUUGACCCAUCGGCAUAUGGAAGACGAAGAUUAAACGGAUCUCUUCUAAGAAAAAUUUCCUUGUCUCUCCCUCUCUCUUCUCUCACAACGCCAUAGAAAGUAGACUAGAAACCUCUAUAAGAAAAUGGAACAAUGGGGUUUGCCCGAUCUUCCACAUAAGGUCAUCUACAACAUACUCUCAAGGCUACCUGUCAAGUCUCUGUGCCGUUUUAAGUCGGUUUCCAAGCCAUGGCUUGCUCUAAUCAACGACCCCCACUUCAUCAAAUCACACCUCCAUCAAUCCAUGCAAAGCAACACAAACCAGAAGCUAAUCGUCGUUCCUCAGUAUAACCGGGGUCAUAAGAGUCCUAUAUCUUUCUAUUCCAUGGACUACCAAGCACCCGAUCCCACCAUAGCCAAGCUCGAAAUGCCCUGGAAGUAUUGUGAUGUUGACAUUUGGGGCUCUUUCAAUGGGGUCUUACUCGUAGGUAUUGAUGAGGAGUUACGUUUAUGGAACCCAUCGAUUGGAAUGUAUCAGAAAAUUUCACCACUUAGGAGUUCCAGCUGCUUUCAGACAGUGUAUGGGCUUGCUUACGACUCUAUUAACGAUGAUUUCAAAGUUGUCGGGGUUGUUAAACGUGAUGUCCCUAGCAUGCCACCCCCUGUUCAUGUGUUUAGUUCUAAACUAAGCUCAUGGAAAAGCAUUGGAGACUUUGAUUACCAUUGUGGUCUUUAUAAUGGGACGCCGAGGUGUGUUCUGAAUGGGUCACCGCAUUGGGUUACGUCUAGCUACCCCCAUAAAGAUAGGCAUAAUUUCCAUAUUGUUUGUUUUGAUGUUAUGGAAGAGAAAUUCAAGGACGUGCCCAUGCCUACGUAUGAAGUUGGGUGUGAUUUCUUUAACUUAGGAGUUUUGGAUGGAUGCCUCUGUGUGGUUGACUGCCGUCAUCAUUUCGAUAUUUGGGUGAUGAAGGAAUACGGCGUGAAAGAAUCUUGGGCCAAGUUAUUUGUUGUACCAAAUGUGCCGCGAAAUGUGCCAGGAGCGUUGUUUUCCGAAUACUAUCAGCUGCUGUGUUUCGCAAAGGAUGGCGAGGUUGUACUGAGGUUGCAGUUAGAGAAAAAGAAGAAGUUGGAGGAGUCUUUGAAGCUAGUGAUCUACAAUCCAAAACAAAAAACCAAGAGGAUUGGGAUGCCUCAAGAUUGGCAGCUGUUUGGUGUUACUGUAUAUGUGGAGAGUCUUGUUUCACCUCAUGGCUGCAACAGCACUAGAAGGCACUGCUAAUCAGAUGGAAAUGGAAGAAAAAGUUGUACUGUAAUUCAAAUUAUCGAACCAUUGUUUUUCGUUAUUCACUCUUUUUCUUUUUCUUGCAUAUGUAUUAUGUAACUUGUGUGUAAAUAAAUUAAUACUCUAGCUUUUGUA